AUGUCCGGGUGCAAGUGUUUUCAUUGGAGCAGUGUGGUGAAUUUCUCUCAGCCCCAGCCACAAACUUUCUCUCUCCCGACUCCAAUUACCCAAUGGCCUGAAGGUCAAGGAUUUGCUUCUGGAACAAUUAAUUUAGGAGAAAUAGAGGUUCUCCUAAUCACCAAGUUUGAGUUUGUUUGGGGAUGCAAUCUGUUGAAGGACAAGAAAAAAGGUGUUAGUUUUUAUAAGCCAAUAGGAGUACCAAAAGGAUAUUUCAGUCUUGGUCACUAUUGCCAAUCUAAUGAUAAGCCCCUAAAAGGGUUUGUAUUUGGGGCCCGGGAAGUGGUGUCACCUGAGCCAGAAAAUUCCUGCUUUUGCAACCCAGAUUACUCCCCAGCCCUUCUCAAGCCCCUGGAUUAUGCCUUAAUUUGGAGUCCUGAUGAUGGGAGUCAAGAAAAUCAUGGCGAAUGUGGUUAUUUCUGGUUACCUCAACCUCCCGAAGGUUAUAAAGCUUUGGGCUUUGUUGUCACCAAGAAGCCUGAGAAGCCCGAGUUGGAGGAAGUUAGAUGUGUUCGAGCCAACCUGACAGAUCAAUGUGAAGCAUACUGUUUGAUACUCAAUACCAGUUCUAAAUCUCCACAGAAACCAUUUGCAGUCUGGAAAACUAGACCCCAGGAUCGGGGAAUGCAUGGGAAAGGUGUCUCAGUGGGGACACUUUUUUGCAGUAGCAACUGGACCUCCCAGGAAGAGCUACAUAUUGCUUGCUUGAAGAACUUAAAUCCCACUCUACAUGCAAUGCCCAAUCUCGGUCAGAUUCAUGCACUCAUCAGGCACUAUGGUCCUACUGUAUUUUUCCAUCCGCGUGAGGUCUUUUUGCCAUCCUCUGUUUCAUGGUUUUUCGAGAACGGAGCACUAUUGCACAGAAGUGGUGCAUCAGUUGGUGAGACCAUUGAUGCUGCGGGCUCAAAUUUGCCUUGUGGCGGGACAAAUGAUGGUGAGUACUGGAUAGAUUUGCCAAGUGAUGAUCGGAGGGAGAGGGUCAAGCAUGGAAACUUGGAAAGUGCAAAAGUUUAUGUUCAUGUCAAGCCAGCCUUAGGUGGGACAUUCACUGAUAUUGUGAUGUGGAUUUUUUGUCCCUUCAAUGGGCCAGCCAAACUCAAGGCUGGUGUAACAAAUAUUGCUCUUAGCAAGAUUGGGCAGCAUGUUUGUGACUGGGAGCAUUUUACCCUUCGAGUCGACAACUUCUCAGGAGAGCUUUGGAGUAUAUAUUUUUCACAGCACAGUGGUGGUCAAUGGGUGGAUACUUUUGAUUUGGAAUUCAUAGAUGGAAAUAAAGCUAUUGUUUAUGCAUCAAAAAGUGGUCAUGCAAGCUUUCCUCAUCGUGGAAGUUACAUUCAGGGGUCGUCAAAGCUUGGGUUUGGAGUGAGGAAUGACGCUGCUCAUAGUAAUUAUUAUGUGGAUUCCAGCAUCCAAUAUGAAAUUGUUGCGGCUGAGUAUCUUGGAGAUGGAAUCGUCAGUGAGCCAUGUUGGUUGCAAUAUAUGAGAAAGUGGGGUCCACCUAUUGUGUAUGAUUCGAGAACUGAGCUGAAUAAAGUCAUCAGUAGUUUGCCUCUGAUGCUUGGACUUUCAGUGAAGAAAUUUUUUGAUAAGUUUCCUGUGGAGCUGUAUGGAGAGGAUGGCCCUACUGGGCCAAAGGAGAAGAACAACUGGGUGGGGGAUGAAAGAUGUUAG